AUGACUGACAACUUUGUCGCUUCUCAGACUGCUGAGAAGAGGUGUUUCUGCUCUUCAUGUGGGCCGGACGGGUUUCUUCUCCCUCUGUCCACGUACAAAAACCAUCAGCGUGACGUUGAGCUCGGACGCCAACGUCUCCUCGCGCAGAAACUCUUCUCAACUACCAAGUCAAAAGCUACGUCAGAUCCCCCGCCGGCUGCUCAGCCAUUGUAUGGGGAGUCUUCGCUCGAUGAUCUGGCAUACGAUUCAGAAGAGAACUCGCCACCUUCUGCAUCUAUCACCGCCCCUGUUUCCAUGCGGGCCGAAGAAGCAGCUGGAUUGCUAGAGGAGCUCCGUAGCAGCAUGACACCCACAUAUCUUGACGGGCUGGAGUUUUCUGGAUAUCCCGCUACCGAUGGACCCUACGUGCUGUACCACGCACUCGGAGAUGGUGUACGAUCAGAUGGCCCUUACAUGCUUGUGCCAAACUGUGCGCGCAAUCGAUUGCAGCUCUCUAGAGAGAACCGCGUCCGCAUUCUUCAAGCGUACACGGCUGACUGGGAGCCAAGCUCUUCUCGAGACGAGGUGCUCCAGAUGUUGAAGGUCGUCUCGGACUUUCUGGAGGUGCAGAAGGCUCUGGCAUGGUCUCUGCAAAGGAAUGCAUAUAAUUCUGGCAUCGUGUGCACUGACGUCUAUUACAAUAUACCUAUUCCUCAUCGAGACGAACCGUUCCUUUCUGCCUGUUUCAUGACGGCCAUGUUGCUAUCGACGUUUGGCAGCCUAUCUCAGAAGGAUGCCAAAAUCCUACUUGCCGGCUUUCGCGCGGUUGCGGCAAGAUCUUCGACUACUCAUCAUCUCGUCCGUCGCAUACCACGAGAUGUUCGGGACGUUCUCAGCCAGUUCGAUGCAUGGGAUCCCGUAGUCGAGCGCUACAUCACUUGCCCAUCUUGCUUUGAGCAAUAUCCUCUCACCGCGUACUCUGCGAGUACAUUACCGGGGUGCAUCUCCCAGGAAACUCCGUUGAGCAACGCUUGUGGCGCUAGUCUUUGGUCUUUGCGUGGUGAAUCGCAGAAGCUAUCGCCUAUCGUGGUCACUGUCCUGCAUCAAUUCAAGCACUGGCUUGGCCGGCAACUAAGUCGCCUGGUCAUCGAGAACGCUUGCGAGGAGGCAUUCACCAGCCCCCCGGAGGACCCUAUGCGCAGGGAGAAGGAUGGCACACGCGUGUGGCUUAUCAGAGACUCAGACGGCACUGCCUAUCUACCCGGCCCGCCGUCCGAGCUCAGGACUGUCUUCUCGUGGUCGAACGACGGAUGGAAUCCGUACGGCAAUAAGCUCAGCGGCGUAUCUCGAACGUCUACCGGGUUUUGGCUCAUCAACAUGGGACUUCCGCUGGACAUUCGUUAUCUGGAGGAGAAUAUGUUCUAUUUUGGUGCUGUACCUGGGAAGCCGAAUGGGUCACGCUUGAACCCCACGUUGGAUAUACUCGUGAAUGCGUUCUUAGAGUUCUGGUCGCCGGGUGUAUGGUAUAGUCGCACAGCCAAACGACCAGCAGGGCGCCUCAUCAGAUCCGCCCUUAUCCCCCAGAUCUCGGACGUCAUAGCUUCCCGACAAGCAGCUGGGCGUGGAGCCGUCAACUUGAAGCGUCACUUCUGCCUCUUCUGUCUUUUGAAUCGCGACCACAUCGAGUGCUCCGACCGCGCAACAUUCGAACCGCGUGACGACGAGCUCCAGAGAGCGCAAGCCCUUCUGUGGAAGGAUGCGGCGUCCGAAGAUGAUCGCAAGACUCUCGAGAAAGAGAACGAUAUCCGGUAUACCCCCAUGUUUCGCCUACCAUACCAUCGAGCGACACUGGACAACAUCCCGGAACCGUUACAUCUGUUCUACGAGUACCUGUUACAGGUAGUCAUUCGCCAUUGCCUCCGAAUUCACUACGUCGUAGACGGUCAAGAGCUAUCCGAGGUCAUUAAAGAUCCGAAGCACCCGCGGCCACCUCCUCCGGCCAUGAAUGUCGCGCUGACGAUCCUCCGCGAGGCACCUGAUGGCGAGCUCUCUAAGACAGCCCUCAAUAAGCUAGAGGCUUGCUCUGAAGAUGUGCUUUGGAACCUAUGCCAGGAUUACGAUCUACGUCAUGCAGGCUUCAAGCGCCAACUUGUUCUGAAUCUUGCGGCGUGGAGACGAACAGUCACUGCCGACGAUGUACGAUUGGAAGCGUUACCCGGCGAGUCAAUAUCCGGCACACCCGGAGUACAACACGGUAGUGUAUCCCAGAGCGAGCCCGGCCAGGCCAUAUCAUCGUCGGUCCAUGCUACCCACACUAGCGAAAGCGAGGAUUCUCAGAGUCACACGGAGGGUUCGCUGUCGACCGUCCCGGCCAUGGAUAUAGACGAUGAAGGCACCGAUCAUGCACAUGGCAACGCAACCGCUCUGCAAUUCGACAUGCCGCACGUCAUGGCUACGGCCACACCUGAACGUCCAGCUUGGUUAUGGUCCCUAACUUCAGGCGAGCUUCGGGCACUGUGCACGCCUGAUGCGGAAAAGGUUCGCGUAGCGUUCAAUCGCAGUCGGAAAGUCCGCACCAUCGCAAACCACUGUAACGGGAACAAGGCAAUUCUGGUGGCAUUCGCGAAGGUACUGGGUUUAGCCAAUGCUGCCGAAGCCGGCAAUCCUCGGACAGCCAUGUCAGCUAUCGCUCUAACGAUAAAGGAACACCUCAUUGCGAAUACGAUAGCGAUUCAAAACGUGCGCCCGACGGUCGAGGCAUUCUUAUCUACAACGCCAGGGGCAGGACAGACGCUCCCGGGCGAGUCUAGUAAUGUUCUCCAGAACGCGGCGAGCAGUACAGGCCAGACGAUCGAUCCCCCCGCACAAGCCUGGCUGGCUGGACUAACACCGGAGGAAAGACGGCUCAUGCAAACACCCCAGGCCAUGGCCGUCGGCGAACAUCUUGUGAAGGGGAAUGCACCCGCGACCAUCAUUUCCGCUGCGCGCACAGACCAGGCUCUUUCUACGGAUCUGCUGCAAGCCUUCUGUAAGAGUUUAGGUCUGGCCAGCCACGGUAAUGGGACCGUACUCGCAGAACGACUCAAAGCAUAUACCGAGAGUAUGUACUCACCUGCGCCACCCAAGGUUACAAGACUCAUGGUCACCGGGCCCCGCCGCGAGAUCUUAACAACGUCCAUCAUGCUACGAAUCAAAGAGACCAUAGCUCGUACGCAGAUGCCCUCGAGCGCCGAUAAAACCCCAUCAGACUGGGGUACCAAGGGUCACGGAAGGAUCACUGGCGGUCAAUGGCUCGUCAUCGGCACCGUUCAUCUACCAAUUACUCUGAUUCCUCUAUGGGGUCACCCAUCAGCAUCACAGCACGAGAGGGAUCUAUUGGAGUUCUACAUGACUACUGUCGCCGUUGUCUGCAUAGGCACCUUGCGCGUCAUCUCGUUAGCUGAUACGGUCGACUUCGACGAUGCGGCACAGCAAUACUUCGAGGGUAAGAAGCGUCUGUUCAAGGAUGAGACCAUUCGUCCAUACGACCACCUUCUCCUUCACUAUGGGGAUGUUUUGAGAUGGUACGGACCCUCUGCGGCCCAUGACGGUUCUUUCUACGAGCGACAUAUUCGGCGGUUACAUGGAUUGAACAUCAAUAUGAAAUCGGGUGAAAUCGAAGCUACGUAUCUGCAAGGUGCUAGCAGACAUGCGAAUCUGCGGAGCUUUCUGCUUGACGACAAUGCGCUUCCGACCCGCUCUCACGUUUCGGAGCUCGUGGAAGAGUUCCGCCACCAAAGUUUCGCUGAUACCCGUGGUACCAAACUAGGGAGUCUUCUUUUAGAGUCCAUGGCGAUGCGCUCGCGAGAAGGAGCGAUCUUCCUGAAGAGGAACACUUCGGAAGUGACGUUGUCGUCGAGCAUCUUGAACGUCUUGAUCCCCCAAUUGGGCGACAUACAGGAGCCCGCCUCGUCCGAUGGGCUUCUCAUUGCAUCCGCACUGCGUGUGAAGGCGGCGUCCUUUCGAGGAGCGAGGUACUGCCCGGCAUCCGAGGUGGAGUGCGACAGCGACAUGAUAUAUUCUCUGGACGACGAUCCCUCUCAUGCUACUGGGGGCGGCCGUCGCUUGCUACGGGACAAGAUUGCCACUGGUCGCAUUGUGUAUCUAUUCCUUCACGGCCACUCUCCACUGUCUGUAUCUACUCAAGAUCACUCUCGUACGCCAUCGGGGUCGCUCUGGGCCGUUGUGCACACGUAUGAACCUCUCAGGCCUGACGAACUUCACCUUGACGCUCAUUACCGAUCCUUCGAGUUCGGUGGCUUCUGUUGCAAGCCAGGAUUUAUACCAGGCUCUCCGAAGGUGGUCAAUAUAUCGCGCAUCCUGUGCCAAGUCGCGAAAGUGCCGGUGACAUCUGUUGGUAUACCGCUUCUUCAUUUCCUCCCUCUGGCAAGGCUCACGAACGCGCUUCCACAUGUGAAAUCAUCCCUUCAUCCGGAGCCCGAGGAGGAGGGUGGGCUAUCAUAG